AUGGAGCAGGCCGUGUAUGACGAGCUGCGCUGCAAGGCCUACGUGGGACCUGCAAGAGCCUUGUUCGGCUCCGACGGCCGUCCAGACAAGUCGCGGCUGAAAGAAGCCAGGUUGGAGGUGUCGGGACACCAAGCGGCCGCGGAGGUGGACCUGGGUGUCCCCGAGCCGCAGGAGCCCUGGGCUUUGCGGAUGAAGCUCUACCGGAGACCUGCAAGCAACCUCUUCGCCCAGGAGAAAUGUGCGGAGUUCGUGGAGGCGCUGCCGUGCCCUCGCUCGGCUGUGCAGCUGCCAGGGCCCUCGGGCGGUCGCCAGGUCGGGGCGGCGCAGGUCGAGGCCAUUACCGAGACCCCAAACACCAGGCUUCGUGUGACCGCCGUUAGGCUUAGAGCCGGGUGUCCGGUCCGAAACUGA